AUGGCAAGUCAUCGCGUCAAAAGAACGAAGCUUGACGACAUCGGCGUCGACCCGCAGACAGUCAUCGUGGAGGAGGAUGGUGACCUGCAUCUGGAUGUGGGCCGCGAGGGGGGCGAGCUCACUACCUACGUCGUCUGUUCCAGGGCCCUUGCUCGCCACUCGCCCGUGUUCAAGGCGAUGCUCUUCGGGGACUUUACGAAGGCUCGGCCCACAGACGGAAGUCAGUGGAUAGUUGAGGUAUCAGAGGACAACCGCGAGAUGUUCCCAAUUUUUCUCAACAUCGUUCACGGCUGUUUCAAAGAUUACGACGCUUUGCCCAUCAUACGACCCUGGGUGAAAGAAUGGAUGGAACAAGCAGCCGAAUGGUCCGACAUUGGAUAUUCCUCUCACCUGGUGUGUCUUGCUUGGGUUACCGGACAUCGUGCUAUUUUCGAGAAUAACGUGCGAAACGUGAUCUACACCUGUUAUGGUGGUGAACAGGAGCUGUUUCACGACUUUCAAUUUUUCGACCACGAGGCCUUGCACCCGCCGGGGCUGUUUGCGAAGCUCAGAGAAGACGUCCUCCAGGCUAUCAUGAGACCUUUUCUUGAUCUUUACUAUCAACUCACGGUCGAUAAAAGGUCGGCAGAGUCUCCGGUGGCUCGAACCUGCGUUAACCCGGAUGAAGCCGAGCAGUUCGACUGCGAGAGCUUAUUGCUAGGUUCCUUAAUGAUCAGCUUUACUCGCAGGGGCCUGGACAUUACGCAAAAGGAGUUCAAGUACAAUGAAGACCUGAAGGAUCUCAAGAAGGAAAUUGACAAUAUGCGAAUUCAGACCGACAGCGAUCACGAUGAAUGCGCGUCUCUUGUUUCGCAAUAUAUAGAUAAAGGUCGUCUAGAAGAGGAACGGUUGAUUAGUGAGGCUGUUUUCGUACGACUGGAACAUUUGGAACACCUUCAGAAGCAGGCGAAGAAGACUGGUCUGGACGAACAUAAUCAGGCUGGUGCUGUCAAGCACCGAUAUCUCACACCAGAAGCCUGA